AUGUCUUUGGCAAACAAUGAUAAUUUUUCUAUGACUGUGGAGGCAUACCUUGCAAAACACCACAUUGUGACUUACCUUGAGGACAGCAUCACACAAUUACUAGAGUGCAGAGAAGAAAAUCCUAAAGUUGUUCCCACACAAUUUUUGUGUGAAUAUUUUCGUAGUUUACAAGAUGGCCAGCACACGAUGCUCAGAGAAUUUGCUUAUAUUAAAAGCACCCCAUACAACAGAAUGUCUUUUGUAGUUUUAUUCUGGAAAUGUUUUCAACAAAUUGGGAAGAAAGGAGAUUUGUUGAGUAUUCAAGAGUAUCAUUCACUUCUCGGUCUUCUUUGUCCAGAUUUUCCCUUUCAGAUGGUGCAGAAUAUUGCCAGAAUUGUACUCAUCGAUGAUGCCUUGGAUUGUCUGAUUUCAUUCUCGGAUUUUGUCUAUGCCUUUCAAGUUCAGUUCUAUUUUGAAGAAUUUUUAGCCAAGUCUAAUGAGAUCUAUCAAGGCCUGCUACAAACCAUCAACAGUCCACGCGACCCUGUCAUUGUCCCCACUUCCGGUGACAACGAUGCUGCUGUGCACAAGAGCACCCAUCAGCCGACAGAUGGAGUGGAUGCCAUGCAGUUGUUUAGAGCCAUCUACCCGUUACUCAACAGAGCUGAUUACAGCACACCACCAUUGGCCUGUCUAAAGGAGAUUCUUUUUAUUGUACCUUACAUUUCAUUCUAUGAGUUUUUGACGGCCAUUGCAAAGUCGGAGUCUAUAAACAUUUACAUAGGCCGACUUCCAAGCAAGACAGGCUUACUGGAAAGUGAUGAUGUUGAAUCAAGACCAGUUUCCCGACAGCAGCAGAAGACUCCACGGAAAAGUAAACAGAAAGUCAAGAAAGCAAAUGAGAUCCCUGUCUCUAGAACAUCCCAAAAAGUGUCAGCAGGUAGCAGUCAAAGUAAGCCAUCAUCUGGCUUGCUCUGGUCUGCAGCCUUACUUUCUGCAGAUGUGCUAUCAGUUUCUAACAGCAGCACUCCUAUCAAAACACAACACAGCCACAGCGGACGAGGCCCUAUUCUCAAAGCAUCAUCACCUGAGACAGGGACAGACUCUGACUCGGACAGUACGGCUGAGUCUUCCGAGAGCAACUGA